CGGUUUUAAUUUCGUUGUUGUGUUUCUUCCGUUCUGCAUCUAACUGGUUUCUCAAAGAGCGUGAGAAUGAGAUGAUUCCAAGGGACAAAAAGACAAACAAGUGGCUGCCAACGGGACCUACCAAGGUCACUUCGGCUAUUCCUCAAGGUCAUCCCCCUACUUUAGAUAAUGCGAGGGUGUACAGAGAACAGUUACAGAAGGGUUGCAGGGCCCUGCAGACAGGAGACCUGGACACGGCAGAGAAGCACUUUGCAGCUGCGCUCAGGGCCGUACAUGUGAAACAUUCAAAUGCAGACAAAUACAAGAAAGAGGCGGAGCCCCUGUGCAGGUUAAGCGAUGUCUACCCGGAAAGAGGCAAGAAGUCGAAAGACGGAAGUGACUUCACCAAGGCUGCAGCAAUCCGUAAUGCCGCACUGGUCAGAGCAAGGACAGAGGACAAAAAAGACAUCAAACAAACAAUCCUACAAGUUAGUCAGUUAUUUGUUGAGCACGUGCUGGGGAUCAAAGAAGUAGUGAACACCAGUGACUCAGAUAAACACAAAUCAAUACUGAAGAAAGACCGAGAGCAUGUAGAAGACAAGCUCAAAAAAAUCGAACAGGAGAUCGAUCCUUAUAGUCUUGAUGACGAUGAUCCAGAGAUAAGAGAAGUGGAGAAGCAGAGAGCGGAAGCAAUCUUUACAUUGUUCAAAGCAACAAUUGUUGAACAGAGAAAAACGUUCAUAUCUGGCCUUGUAGAUGAAUGUAUGGAGGUAAUGGGCUAACCUCCCUGUAAGUACGCCAUGAUAGGCUUGGGUUCACAGGCCACAGGGUUAGUAACCCCGUACUCUGAUCUGGAGUUCGCCAUCCUGAUAGAGGAGGAAACAGAGAGUAACGUCGAGUAUUUCCUCAACCUCACUCAUUAUCUGCAUCUCAAAGUCAUCAACCUGGGAGAAACCAUCCUCCCGGCCAUGGCGAUCAAGUCGCUCAAUGAUUUUUCUAAAGACCCACCGAACAGCUGGUUCUACGACUCUGUAACGCCGCGCGGGUUCGCGUUCGACGGAUCCAUGCCGCAUGCGUGCAAGACUCCACUGGGCAGGGGGGAAACAGCUGAACUUAUCCACACACCGAGUGAGAUGACGAAGGUUUUGAUAGAAGACUUUCGGCGAAACAUUGAGAGAAUCGAGAAAUUGAGAGAACAAAUCAUACAAGUAGACAUGACUUUGCAUGUAAAGAAAGGCUACCAUCUCGCCACCAUAUUGGGGAAUGUGUGUUUGAUCUCAGGAGACCAGGACUUGGUCGAUGUGUAUUCCGACUUGUGGACCCGGCAGGACUUGGUCCAUGUCUAUUGCACUUCCGCCUUGUGGACUCAGCUACUACAGGGGAAUGAUAGGGCGGUAUCUGUGUUACAGGCAUUGACCAUAAUGGCCGAAGGUACUAAUGUCCAAACGUUUACAUUUGAAGAACUAACAUCGAGACUACACUGCACGAAAUGGCCUCGGAUUCAAGCAGAUGCGUACCGGGAUUUGUCCGUAUUUUUCGCAGAUACAAGCGGAUACUGACGGAUCAGAAUGGAAUCAGCCAGAAAAUCCGAAACAUCGGUUACUGCAAUCCGGAACCUAUUCCGUACAAAUCCGAAAAACGGGCUCCUUGUAGUAAAUAUUCCACACGGAAUACGUUCGGAUUUUGCCAGGAUACGCACAGAAAAGAAUUUGAAUCUUGGCAGAUGCGUACCGGGAUUUUCCGGAAUUGCUGACAGAUACCAGCGGAUACUGACGGAUCAGAAUGGAAUUCGCCAGAAAAUCCGAAACAUCGGUUACUGCUAUCAGGAACCUAUUCCGUACAAAUCCGAAAAACGGGAUUCUUAUAGUAUAUAUUCCACACAGAAUACGCUCGGAUUUGCCCGGGAUUCGUACAGAAAUGACCCCUGACAAAUGCGUAACUCAGGAUUUGAACUUUAAUACCUUCACCAUAUUCCCAUUCAGGAUACAUUCGGAUACGUACAGGCUUAAUAGGAGCUCCUGCAACUAAAUAGUUUAUUAUCAAUACACAGUAUAGCCUGAAACAUAUCGUGUGCAAUUACCACUCCUAAGUGGACAGCUAUGUUCUUACAUUUGGGGUACAUAGUUAUCCAUUUUGCUACCACUUACAAAAACUGUAACAAACAUUUCUGUCCAACGUUACCCCCUAACAGUAAGCUAUGCCGGCGCCUUUACACUUGAGGUCAUAGUAAACAAACAAAAACUGUAAUAAACAUUAUUCUGCCCAAAGUUACCCUAAAAUAGUUAGCUAUGCCUUUACACUUGGGGUACAUAUCCAUACACAAAUCAUAGUGAACUAACAAAAACUGUAACAAACAUUUCUGUCCACUGAAAAGUUACCCCCAAAGAGUGAACUUGGGGUACAUAUUCGGACACAAAUCAUGGAAAACGUGUUUCACUGGCCUCAGAAAAUUCACCAGAAAUAAUACUGGACCUAAUUUAACAUUUAGAAAUCCAUUGAUUCAACUCUUACAAGAUGGGACUUUUAGACUUGGAAGUGGAAGAAGGGUCACUGGGCCAGGUACCCCCAUUGUUCACUGCCGUUUUACCUGUUCACUUUAGUAUGAAGUUUCAAAUUUUUGGUCGAGCUCACUUUUGUAUUUUGUAGAUGUGGGCAGCCAAAGAAUAGCCUUAGUAAAAAAAUAUUUCCAUUUUCAUCAUAAACUGGCUCGUCUGGUGACAUGUACUCCGGACAGCUUGAGCUUGAGCCGCUUACUGCAUGGUUUCUUCACCUUCAAGGCGAUGAUCCAG